UGCUUUUCGUUUGGUUGGGGCUUACGCUAUUUGGGAUUCGAACCCGCGCUCAUUGGUGAAAACCUCAGCCUUUCCUACACUUACUUCGCCACCACUACCACUAGGGUUUCACUUCCCUGCAACUUAAACUCUGCGGUAUUCGCCGGUGAAAACUCAAAUUCAAAUUAUCUCUGUCGAUGUAACUUCUACUCUGCGGAUUUCACUGAAUGAGAGAAGGAUGUCUUCGCGUUUCCAGAUUGCGGCACUGGUUGGAGCUCCAUUCUAUCCGAAUUCUGUUGUCUGGUCCGAAGAGAAUUUGGUGGCUAUCGCCUCCGGUCAUAUCGUUACCAUACUGAAUCCAGCUAUAGUAGAUGGGCCUCGAGGUGUGAUUACUGCGUCCCAUGGUCCCCCAUUUGAUGUCGGAACUGUGGAAAGGAAUGAUUUAUUCACUUCAUGCCUGAUGCAUGCAUGCCUAUCCCGUGAUGUGCGUCCAUGUGUACGAUCCAUAUCAUGGUCUCCUCAAGGAAUGGCUCCUAAUUCAGGAUGCUUGCUUGCUGUCUGCACAACAGAUGGUCGUGUAAAGCUUUAUCAUGCGCCUUAUUAUGAUUUUCGUGCUGAGUGGAUUGAGGUGAAAGACCUAUCAGACCUGUUGUUUGGUUAUUGUGCAAGUAGCAACUUUGGUGAACUUAACAUGGAAUCCGCUAAACGCUCUCUUGAGCCAACAAAUGUUAACUUUGUCACAGUGGAUGGUCACACCAAAGUAAACUCUGAGCAUCCUAUUAAAUUUUUAAAGUGCUCAAGAGUUGUGAAGCACAAUUUAUCUCAUGCUGAUGUAAAAGUAAUGACUGUCUCCACUGAAAUGAUCUUCGUUUCAGCCAUCUUUGAAGUAGGAACAUCUGUUGAGGUUCUGAAACAAAAUGGUGUUCAACGCAUUUGGGUUGGUGGCAGAAUAGAGCGUAUAGAGAAUGGAAAUGCACUAGUACGAUUUGCAGGAACUACUUCUGAUGAGCCAGAAGAUGAAUUGGUUACCUUGAACCCGGAAUCUGAUGCUAUUAAAGAGCUGAGGAUUCCAGACUGCAUCCCAACUGGUAGGAGUCCUUUUUUGAAGAGUAUACGCCCUUUGAUUGGUUUGGGUCAUUUACCACGAGAGAUUUUUGUGGCUGAACAUGAACAAGGAAUAUCUGAGGUUCUAAGAAUUGGAGAGCCUAUUGAAGCAUGGAUAAGUAAUAGGUGGGUAGAAGGCGUAUUUAUUGGUUACAGUGAUAAAGGUCUUAUGAUGAAUUUCGACGGUGAUUCUGGAACUAUAGCAUUAAUCCCUGAGAAUGUUCGUCUGGCUCCAAUCUGGAGGAUUGAUAAAAACUCGUGGCAGGUUACAGUAGUAAGGAUUGGUCUUGAGGAACAGGCCACAUCUACUGCUAUCAAUCUGAAUCCUGUUAGUUUUUUGAAUAGCCAAGUGCAAAAUCUUCCAUUGACCUCAGAAGAAGAGUCACUCAAGAGAGGAGGAAGUAAUUCGUUAAUAACAGCUGAACAGUAUGCUUCUCGCAUGGCUUUGUUGUCAUCAUUAAUUGUUGCCUGGUCACCAUUAAUACGAUCAUCAACUGAAAGUGACCCUGAUCUUCAUAAGAGCUCUUCAAGUAACUGUACUGUACUGGCCGUUGGGGGAAAGUCCGGCAAAGUAUGCUUCUGGAGAACUGCUGAGCCACGAGCAUACGCCAUUGAGAAUUCAAAGAUUUCUUUGGAUGUGAUGUUCAUUGGACUUCUCGAGGCUCAUAAUUCGUGGAUCACUGCAAUCAGCUGGGGGAUCUGUAUGGUAGACUCAAAUCCUAUGCUUCUAUUGGCUACGGGGAGUUCUGAUGGGAGUGUUAAGGUAUGGUCAGGGGAUGCUCUCUGUGUGUCCAAACACUCAAAAUUGAAUGAACCUUCCUUUACCCUUUGGAAAGAGAUAAUAAAAGUUGAUUCAAUUCCUGUCUCGGCCAUCUCAUUGGGUGUACCUUCAAAAUCUCGCAACAAGUUUCUUUUAGCAGUUGGGAAAGGCUCUGGAUUAUUAGAAGUUUAUGAAUGUCUUCUUUCUAGCACUAAGUUCCAUAUUGCAGGACAUGUGGAUGCACACGAUCAAGUGGUUACAGGUGUUACUUGGGCUUUUGACUGCUCUUUUUUGUAUAGCUGCAGCCAGGAUAAUUCUGUGCGUUGCUGGAUCCUGCAUGGCAGCUCUCUUGAUCCUUUGCCUUUUCCUCUAAGCUCUCCAAGCCUUGCAUUUGAUAACCACAAAAAUUCCGCCGAUAUUCCUCUGCAUGUAUUUGACUCGUGCUUUGGCUUUGCACUAUCCCCAGGAAACUUGGUCCUUGCUACAGUUAGGAGCGUGGACACAGAACUCGUAGAUCCCAUGUACCAAUCUAGGUCUCUAAAAGCAGUUGUGGAGUUCUUUUGGAUUGGUGGGCAACAGAUGGAAGUAUCAACAGAGCUGUCACUGUAUGUAGAAGAUAAAGACCUUGAUGAUUUCUCUGAGAUGGAUUUGCGUUGCUGGAAUUCCAACAUUUUGUGGUCACUACAGCAGUUAGACUGCAUAGAGAAACCGCUAAUUGUUUGGGAUGUCAUAGAGGCAUUAAUGGCUUUCAAAAAACUAGAGCCAAGAUUUGUGGAAGAGUUACUCUUUAAAUGGAUCUCGAAAUGUUCUGGCAGUACCCAGGAGAUCCUCUCUCUUGAAAUGAUUUUGUCAUCUGAGCCUAAUAUCUUGUCAAAACUUAGUACCCGUAAAAUGCAUCUGCUAAAUAUCAUAUGCCGGCGCUUGAUAGUGCCAAAGGUUGAGGCUGCAACUCUUAACAAUGGUGUAUAUGGUUUGGUUGGAGUAAAUGGUGAGGAACAUGAGCAACUGGAUUUAUGGGUAAAGUUACUGAACAUCUGUGAAUCACGAUUGCGAGACUGGCUUGUUGGUUUAACAUUUUCAGCAGUUAUAUAUUGUGCAUCUUGUACAACCCAAGUACUUUCUAAUGAUGGAUCAUGUUGGAUUCCGGCUGGGGUUGCACAGAUGGAAAAGUGGCUCGCGUUAAACAAUCAGCAAGUUUCCCAUGAACUUAAAGUUCUUGAAGCAGAACUUGGAAGGCUCAGGAAGCUGUUGCCCUUAAUCUGCGAUUACGUAGAGGAAGAAAAAUGUGCAUACUGCUCCGCGCCUGUCCCAUUUGAAUCUGCAGAAGUCGCUUCCUGCAAAGCCUCAGAUUGCGAUCGCAGAAGUAAAGGAGGCCAUAAGCUACCUCGAUGUGCCAUAUCCAUGCAAGUUUGCCCUGCUAUCCCACUGUGGCAUUGCAUUUGCUGCAAAAGGUGGGCUUCCAAACAUGCCCCCUCUAUCUUCUUUACUGUGCCACCAGUUCUUAAGGAUGUAAAUUUGCUCUCGAAAUCAGUACUCUUACAAGCACUCCCAAAGCCAUUGUGUCCUUUUUGUGGGAUCUUGAUGCAGAGGUUACUGCCUGAGUUUCUUCUCUCUGCAUCUCCAGUAUAGAGGUGAAAUGUAGGCUAAUUAUAUGGGCUUGGCUAUGUUAUAUUUAAGAUGCAAUAGUCUGUUUCCUAAUCAUGUUCCUUAAUCUCCUCUGAUUUCACAAAGCACUCCUUAUUCAGUUUCUUGAAUAGGCCUGGGCCACCAAUAAAAGGUUCAGGAUGGGUCAAAUAUCACUUGCCUAGUCCUGGAUUGGCCCAGUGUACCAUGAAUAGUCGGCACAUCCAUGGUCCUCUCUGAAGUGGACCGUGGAGUGAACCAUAAUUCCAAUUAGUGUUUGAAAACCUAGAUCAGUGGAGCGGAUCAUAUACCCAUGGACCCGUUUGGGUCACUGGAUAAAAU